AACGUCUCCGAUCGCGUGCCUCCACCGCCACCGUGUCUCCGGGGAGCCAUGGGGGGCCCGCGCUGUGCCCCGCUACUGCUACUUCUGCUGCUACCGCUGAUGCUCUCGCCGCCCGCCGGGGACGCCGCGGUCAUCACCGGGGCUUGCGACAAGGACUCUCAGUGUGGAGGAGGCAUGUGCUGCGCCGUCAGUAUCUGGGUCAAGAGCAUCAGGAUAUGCACGCCUAUGGGCCAAGUGGGAGACAGCUGCCAUCCCCUGACUCGGAAAGUUCCAUUUUGGGGUCGAAGAAUGCAUCACACUUGUCCCUGCCUGCCAGGCUUGGCAUGUUUAAGGACUUCUUUCAACCGGUUUAUUUGCUUGGCCCGGAAGUGAUCAGUUUGAAGUAGGAGCAUUGUGAACCUCCACUGCACAAUGUCUGCCAGUCUCACUUGUGAUUGUGUCAAACAGAGAAUAUGCCAGAAAGAAAUGUUCUUACU